GAGAUUCCACCAGAGCAAGUGCUUACUAAUGAUAUGGAACUAUCAGGUACUGUUGAGAUGUCGCAACCCAAGAGGGAUGGAGGGUUAAACGGACACGCUCGUGUCCGUUUAUAUUGUCCCUGCAACAAGUAUGGGCCAUGUGACGCCUUUACCCAAACUGAAUUGUUAACUUGUCACUACUGCAAGCUCCAACAGCACGCAGCGUGUUUUGGCGUAGUUCGUCACUUGGCAUCUCGAGUGACGGAACACUGUUGUUCGAAAUGUUAUGAUGUCGAUACAACCCGUACUCCUACUGAUACUAAAUUGGUUUCCUUGACUAUGAGGAAACGGGAGAGUCUAUGCAUUUUACGUCGAACAUUGGCUGUGUUCGGAAGUCGAAACCAUUGGAGCCCGGGACUUGAUGGACAAAUUCGAUAUAUCUGAGUCCAACGCUGCUAAUCUCAUGCAGUUACUUCAUUCCAAUAAAAUUAUCCAACAAAAUUCACAAUCCAAACGUCAGAAAAUAGAAAAGAAUCAGUUAAAAAUAUUGAUGUCCAACUUCUUCCACACUACCGAGGAUAACAUAGUCGAUCUACUAUUAACCGAAUUCGUUUCCCAAGAAAGUGUACCAGAUCCCAUUUCUAGAGCUCUAAAUGUCACGGAAAAGAUUUCAAUCAA